GCUGAGCAGCUCCGGGUUCAGGCGGACUCACCGCUGGUGACUCGUCAUUCCGCACUGGAAGAUGGCUGCGGCGGACCGGCCCCCUGUUAGGGAAGGGAUCCGGAUAUUUUUUCUGUGUGUGUGUUGGUACACAGUCAGCUCAGGGGGAAACAUCGUCAACAAAAUCAUCCUGAAUGAUUUCCCGUACCCCGUCACAGUUUCUCUGUUUCACAUCAUCUCUAUCGUCGUGUUUCUCCCUCCGCUGCUGCGGGCAUGGGGAGUCCCCACAACAGAACUGCCGAGCAGGUACUACCGCUGGUACAUCAUGCCUCUUGCUUUUGGAAAAUACUUUGCAUCAGUGUCUGCACACUUCAGCAUAUGGAAAGUACCAGUUUCAUAUGCGCACACCGUGAAAGCUACAAUGCCAAUAUGGGUUGUGCUGCUAUCAAGAAUCAUCAUGAAGGAGAAGCAAACCACAAAGGUGUAUGUGUCGCUCAUCCCCAUCAUCGGAGGAGUGCUGCUGGCCACGGCCACCGAGCUGUCCUUUGAUGUUUCAGGACUCAUCAGCGCUCUGGCUGCCACGCUCUGCUUCUCCCUGCAGAACAUCUUUUCCAAAAAGGUGUUGCGCGACACACGGAUCCAUCACUUGAGGCUACUCAACAUCCUGGGCUUUAAUGCAGUUUUCUUCAUGUUGCCCACCUGGGUUCUGGUGGACCUCUCUGUGUUUCUUGUUAAUGGAGACAUGGCCGACAUCUCAGGAUGGUCGGGUACCUUCUUCCUCCUGCUCAUCAGCGGCUUCUGCAACUUCGCUCAGAACGUCAUCGCCUUCAGCGUCCUGAACAUCGUCAGCCCGCUCAGCUACGCCGUCGCCAACGCCACCAAGAGGAUUAUGGUCAUUAGCAUCUCACUGCUAAUGCUGCGCAACCCGGUCACCAGCACUAACGUCAUGGGUAUGAUGACGGCCAUAGUUGGGGUCUUCCUCUACAACAAGGCCAAGUAUGACGCCAACAAGGAGAAGAAGCUGCUGCCAAGCGCGAAGCAGGACCUGGUUUCCUUCGACAACCCGGGGCUGGAGAAGCUCCAGGCCAACGGGUCAGUGCCUUUCCCCCAAGGCUUGGAUCAGCAGCACAGCUGGAACAACGUGCUGACUGACCACUUCCAGUACAGCCGGCAGGCCUACACGACAAACCAUGGCAACCACCAGUACGUCGUGUGAAAGAGGAGUCUGCCCUCGUUCUGGACGGCUGUCAUAGACUUUGCUUUGUAGCCGCCGCCUCUCUGCGGCGACACACAGCCCCGCUCCAAACUCGAGACUGAAGGCAAGUGCUGUUUGUUCUGGACGGGAGGAAUGAGAGGGCCAGUGAUGCACAGCGCUCCGCCCCGUCUAAACUUCACUUUCUGACAGCUUUCCCGUAUGUCAUUGUUUAUUUAUUAGUUUGGGACUGACUGUAUUAGAUGGUCUGAGAGGAAAUAAAACGUAGCCAUGUUGUCACAGAAAUAUAAGCCAGCAGGUGGAUACGUAAAAGGUAGAGGAUGAAUGGUUUGCACCGUACCGUCUGGAAAUGUCUGAGCCAACCCUAAUCUGUCGUCGGUUAUUAUGUUCACUUUCAGAGGAUAAGAUGUCGGCGGUAAUAAUUUCAUUUGGAUGAUAAAUUACACCAAAUCAACAGUCAUGUUAUAUUUUUUAACAGAGUAAUCUCAGUGGAAGGCCUAGUGUUUUGUUUUCUUCUUUAGGCACCUGUAAUGAUGUUUGAAUUGUUGUUUCACUCUUCAAAAGCUCAAGGCAGAUGGGACUGGUUUGUAGACAGUGGAGGAAUUGAAGUUACCUAAAGAUGCAGAGAUAAUCAGGUCUCUCACUCUCACUGGGCAUUUUGUAAUAUGUGGUUCAAAUUUGGGAUUCAUUUUUAUCGCUUUGGGGAUCCACUGACUUUUCCAUUAUCACCAUGAGGUACACAUUUCAAUUAGUCCAAUAGUUUCUUUAUGACUAACUUUCUAAAAAACGAAUGGCUAUUCCCAUCAGCCUCAGCUCUACUUUGUUUAGUGCUAAAGUUAGCAAACUAGCAUGCUAUACUAACAUGGUAAACAUUAUAGCUGAUAUCAGCCUCUAAGCAGCAUCAUAGUCUGUGAGCAUGUUAGCAUGGUAAAGCUAGCAUUAAGACUGCACUCACUUUUCAACGUGGUAUGCCAUUACAUGUGCCUGAUGAAGAAAAAUGCCCAAAAUUCGAAAUAAAUGUAUAAAAUAUCCAUAUCUGUUGAUUUUGUCUGCCAAAAACGGAUGCAGUUUAUAUUGUUGUACUGGAAGAUCGGUUACAUUCAGUCACACUUCAGUCAGCCAGUGUUUUUAAAUGCAGGAACCUUUAAACACCCAAAGCUUCUUUGAACUAAGAUACAUUUUCGGAGUGAGACCAGCUCUGUCUCAGAGCAGUCAAUGACCUCCCACACAUCUGUCCUUUUCCCCAAGAAGACCAAUUAGUUUACCAUUUGUUGUUAUGGAGCAUACAUGUGAAAAGCUAAAAUUAGGGUUACCAAAAUUAGUAUGGAUUCUUCAUCUUUAAUAGAGAGUCUCAUCAUGUAAACUGUAAUAGAGUUUUUUUUAAUUCCUUAUUUUGAUUUUAUAGUUUGUUGGUGAAUCAAUUUACAACAGUGCAUUUUUUAACUGAUUACUGGUAUUUAUUGAUCUGCUGAACUUCUCAGGCAGAGUGAUAUUUUUCUUUCCUGCCACUUCAUCGUUUUCAGUCCAAACCAAAGCUGCUUUGUCAUGUUGAGAUGCUGGUUUUGAGUUUGCACAUCAUUGAAAUGCAUUAUGCAGAUUUUUCUGUCUGUCCUGGUGUUUUAAUUUGAAGUGUAUUUGCAACAUUAGCAUUGAUGGUCAGUGGGCAACUUCAAAAUCGGAAAUGCAUGAAAUCACAUUUUUGGGAAAUUUUCUAAUUAAAGACUCAAUUGUCAUUUCCAGUGGACAAGAGAUAUGAUUUUUCAUUAUUGGUUACCGUAUCUGAAAAUCCGUCACCAAUACCUAGUAAUCAUUUAUUAAUGAAAAGCCUUUUUUUACUGCGUAGAUUUAUUUAAUUUAGUAAGCAUGGUUCACAUGCUUUUCUUGUGCUGGACCUUAGCAACUCACUGCAGCAACAUUACGUUUUAUAUAUAUUUUUUGUGUUUUAACUAUCUCAGCUUCAUGUCUGCUCAUUUAUGUUGUAGGGACGACACACAAUAAUUGAAUUCUUCAAAAUACCAAGUUUAGCUGUAAUCUUGUUUUUUUUCCCUCGGUAGCCGCUGGUAGAUGUAUUUUAUGGGAUAGUGUGGUUUUACUCUUAUGACUUUGCAGUUUGAUGGCAAAUAAAACAGUCACACCUUCAAUGCGCUCUGGGCUACCCAGAUAUAAACUUAUGUCAAUAUAAGUCCUUUUAUUUUUCAUUCAUAAGGAAAUCUAGCGCUGGGAAAAUCACAACCGCCUGUUUUUAAGAUACUAAGUUGGCUGUUUUGAAAAUAAUGGAUCAGAAGUUGUCACGAAGUGAAUUUCAACAGCCAUGGAAGUUCAAUAACUACAUAUUGAAAUGUCUACUUAAGACUGCUGCUGUAGUUAGUGUGUUGACUGUUGUCCACUUAAAGGCUGUGGUGUUGGACUUCUUUUUUAUUAAGCAGAAAUAUCGGAAAAUCCCAUCACUGACAGCAGACUCAAAGUGAUUAGUUAAAUCCACAAACCUCUGAGACCUCUGGUGUUGGCAUCAAUUUAAAAUCAUACAUUUUAUAAAGGUAGCAUGUAUACUUGGAGUUUUUUUUGUUUUGUUUUCACUGCAAGUAAUUUAACCUCAAAACGUUGUUUCUUUAUUCAGAUUGAUUUUAAAAAACUAUGUAAUAUGAAUUUGUUGCUCUUGAAGAAGAAUUCAAUCCUGUCCCUGCAGCUGUAAUACUGCUCGGUUUUCAAACCCCGUUCUUCGCCUGCAAGGGGAGAGUAAAGACUCACACAAUCCAAACUUAUCAACAGUGGAGAAAUGUGACUACAUGUUAAACAGCAUCCUGACAUCUACAGACAACAUCCAUACUACACGACAAAGAAAAAAACACAGUCUUUUCAUAGUUCAAGAAUGUAAUGUGCACAUGAAACCUGCAGACAGGAAUAACGGUCAUAUUUGGUUUAUUUUUCUAAAACCCAUUUUGUGUCAUUGCACUUUGCUGCAGCAAAUGUUUUUAAUCUCUUUUGGAUUUCUUAUGUUUUCCUCAUGUUGCCAAAAGCAGUUUGCAAUAAAUGGUAUGCUGAUGCACCACAAUGGACAAGAUGUAAAGAUUCAUAGAGUACAACAUGUAGGACACAUUGUUUUAUGAAUUUAUCCAUGAAUUUCUUUAGUGUCCUGCCAGCUGUCUGAGCUAACUGGGAGAACAAUGUUUUUAUUUGGCUCACACCUGUAAAGAUAAUAACUGGGAUGUAAAUGUUAAUGAAUGGAAAAAUGGGAGCUUAAUUUGUAAAACUUGUAUAAUUAUUCUUUUUGUGCGUCUCGAGGCAGACUUUUUACUUAACCGCUGUUUAUAGGUUUUUAUUUAUGGUGUAAAGGUAUAAAAAUGUUGAACAGAGGUGCCGCUGUGCACCUUCUUGUCUGCUUAUGUUUAGUAAAUGCUAUUUUUAAAUGUUUGGGGGGAAUAAAUGCACUGCGGAAUAUUGAA